AAGAGAGACACGCCCACUCGUCGCCAACGUCAACAAUAGACAACGUGCAAAACACAAAUCUCGGAUCUUAAACGACAUGUGAAUGCAAAAAUAUUUCUUACUCGAAUUAAACCGAUAGCUUUUACCAAAGACAUUAACACAAUGGACAUCGACACGAAGCUUCACAGCACGAGGAAAAGAGAUCUUCCCCCAAUUCCACAAGCACAGAAGAGGGGACCACGAGCACUGCCAUCUAUGCCAAGUCAAGACACAACAGAAGAGAUGCCAGCCCCAAAGAGCAGGAGAAAGAAAGUCAAGAGAGAUGUGGAGAGUGUGGAAGAACCCGAUGAUGGUGGAAUGGAAAUGGGAGACGUGGCCAGUCAUAGACAGUCAGAAAGUCGGGAACCAUUGACCCCGGAGCCUCUGGACAAUCCACCACAGAAAAGAAAAAAGAAGAAGAAAGCACAAUCAAUUGAUGUGGAGGGAGCUCAUACAGACCUGGUGUCAAAUGGAGAUAUGAUGGACCAGCACACUGAUGAGGAAGUGACACGCAAACCCAAAAAAAAGAAGGUGAAGCCUAAAGUAGCGGAGACGCAGUCCAACAAUGAACUGGAUGUGGAGGAUGAUGACAUCAUUACAGACCCACAAGCCCCAGUCACCCAGCAUUCCUUAUUUUCUGCUCCACAAGGACCGAGCCAGCCUGUGGGCAAAGUGUUUGUGGAGAAGAGCCGUCGGUUUCAAGCAGCCGAACGAGUGGAACAGUGGAAGCCCGGCGGACAGAUGGAGCAGAGCUUUAUGGACGUCCGUUCAAUGUGGACCACCAGAGAUGUGUCAAUGAAAGUACACAGUGGCUUCAGGGUGAUUGGUCUGUUUUCUCAUGGCUUUCUGGCCGGUUACGCCGUAUGGAACAUUAUUGCGGUGUAUGUGUUGGCUGGAGAACAGAUGAGCAGGGUUUCUAAUCUACUUCAGCAAUAUCAUACGCUGGCUUACCCCGCACAGUCUCUCAUGUACCUACUGCUGGCCCUCAGCACCGUCUCUGCCUUCGACAGGUUGAAUCUUGCCAAAGCCCCUGUGGCCAUGAGAAGUUUACUAAGCCUCAAUCCUGUGGCUCUCGCCUCCCUUUUGUACUUCGCUGCACUUGUUUUAUCUCUAAGCCAGCAGAUGACAAGCGAUCGCAUCAAUCUCUAUAAUCAAUACUCCAGCGCUAAUGCGACACUGUGGCAGCCAGGCUCGGAAAGCAGCAUCCUUUACCCCUGGAUCAUAGUAAACCUGGUGGUCACUCUGCUGGUCGGACUGGCCUGGGUUCUGAUGUCAUUGAGUCCAGAUAUUGACCACACCGAAGAGUUUUUAAUGUCAAUGGAAGCAGAAUAUCCAAAAGCAGAAGGGAAAGGAAACAUCACUGCAUGAGGCACCUGGAUUUGUUUUUUUGUUUGCUUUUUUACUAUUUUUGAUACGUUUAUAGCUUUAUCAUUGUAGACCUUACUGCCCAAUGUGAGAUUUGCAAUAAACUUCUUUAACUGA